GUUACUCGUAGAAAAAUAAAAUCUGAAUUCGUCCCUAACAGUUUUUACAUGCAGCUUUGUAGUUCAACCCGUGAACGCAAAAUCCAGAGUAAAUAAAAAUGGUAAUGUGUGUUAUUUAUCUGUAUAAAAACUACAGCCGCCAUUUUGCUUUAGUUGUUUAGAGCCUCGGCAACUUGAACGCGCGCCGAGGCGUAAACACAAGUUUACACUUUUUAAUCGUCAUGUCAUGAAGAACGCCAUGUUUUUGUAGCAAUUUUAAACAUUUAUAAACAAACUUGGUGAUUUAAAGUUAGCAAAUAAAUGAAAAAACACGGUCCCUUUGCUUCUGUUGUGUUUUUAAUAAUCACGUCUCUCGGUGGAAAAGUCUCCUGUGCGCGCAGUGCAUCAUGGGAUUUGUGGUUCUUGAUGAGGGAGUCGCUUAGUCGUGGUUGGUUUCGGUGUCUCCGCAAAUGUCUGCGCGUUUUCCUGCGGUUAUUCGCGCUGUUUGUUCGUCACGCAGGCUGCAAGGCUGUAAAUAUUCGGAUUAUUACUGAAACCAGCGCGGAGGAUCGGAGACAGUGUGUGUGAGGCGGAUUUAGUGGUGAAUAAUCGGGGUUUGGUGUUGCACUGCGGGGUUUAUUAUCCAUGCAGCAGGACAGCUGCCCUGUUAAUGGUGGACAAACGACAGAGCGUUGAAUACAGCAACGAAGGGAGGGACUGACACCGGUGCGCUGUGGUGAAAUCCUGAAACAUCUGGACGCCGACACACACACACACACACACACACACACACACACACACACUUCUGCUCCAGUAUGAACACACAGCUCAGAAAAUCACAGAGAAGAUUGGACGCUCUGUCUGGCAUGUGUGAUUGACAGAUUCCAUAUUGAGAGGAUCAGAGCGUGUGUGUGUGUGUGUGUGUGUGAUGGAUUGGAUGCGGGACUGGGUGCAGGCCGUGCGGGAGUGUGAGGGCGGGGCUUUGGGCACGGUGCUGUGUUUAGCUCUGCUGUUUGUAUGGUACUGUUACCGUGUGGGCUGUGAACACGCCUCCUACACGCCCGAGUCUCGCUCCAGCCCGCCCGAGCUCUCGUCAGCGAAACUCCGCCCUACACUGGGUGGAGUCAGAACAGGGGGCGGGGCCAGCGAGGAGGAGCUGAACGGCUUUGCGUACUGUCAAUCACCCGAGUGUUUCCGGUGCUCGCGGCCCGGCAACGGAUUUAACCAACGACUUUACCACAAUCUACAGGACUACGCUAAACGCUACACAUGGGCAGGUAUGGGGCGUGUGCAUAAAGGUGUGCGUGAGCAGGACCGCUAUCGUCUGUGUAAUCGUCCGUCCAUCCAGAAGGCGGAGGUGUUCUUCCUGCCCGAUCUGCCGUCCGCUCCGUUUUUCUCUCGCGAUGCGCAGAAGCACGACGUGGAGCUGUUGGAGAGAAGUUUCCCCGCCCUGCUGGCCGAGUUCGAGAGCGUGUACCGCACGCCCCCGCCGCUGGCGCCCGGCUGGAAGGCUAACAGCACGCCGCGGGGACACUGGUGGACCUUCUACCUGGUGAACCAGGGCACGACGCUGGCGCUGAACGCUCGCCGCUGCCCGCGCACCUGGAGGGUCCUGGGACAACUGCGCACCUUCAUCUCCAACAACGUGUUCGGAAACGCCUGCUUCUCCGUCAUCAGCCCCGGAGCCACCAUCACCGAGCACUACGGACCCACCAACGUCCGCCUGCGCUGCCACCUGGGGCUGAAGGUGCCCCCUCAGUGUGAGCUGGUGGUGGGGGGCGAGCCGCAGUGCUGGUCUGAGGGAAACUGUCUGCUGUUUGACGACUCGUUCCUCCACACGGCCUUCCACGAAGGCGCUCCAGAAGACGGACCCCGUGUCGUGUUCAUGGUGGAUCUGUGGCAUCCGAACGUGGCGGCGGCCGAGAGACAGGCGCUCGACUACAUCUUCACUCCGGGACGCUGAGAUGGAGAGAGAGAGAGCGAUGGAUGUAUGGAGAGAGAGAGAGAGAGAGAGACGGGUGGAACGAGGGAUAGAGAGCUGGAGAUAAAGAUUGAUGAGUCAUAACAGUGAAGUGAAGCUGAUGACUUGCACAUUUUACUGUACAUAAGUGUUUCCUUAUGAAGCGUCACAGUUCACGCUCUCCUGAAAUGAGAGAACGAGAGAGAGAUGGACAGAGUCAGUGAUGGGGAGAGAGAGAAAGAGAGAGAGGGAGAGUAAGACGGAUGAUAACGGAGCGGCGAGACCGAACUGAAGCGGAAAAAAACACGUUUUUAUGUACAUAGAUUUUCACAAAUCAGUCAGUGUAGCAGAAAAGACGAAAUAGAAACCGAGAAGAAGGAGAGACGGAUAGAUGCACGGAUGGAAGGAGAACAACCUAAUGCGCAUUUUUCUGCACAUAAGGGUUUCCUGAUGAAGUGUCACAGAGAGAGAGAGAGAGAGAGAAUGGAGGGAGACAGUAGAGGAGGGACGAGUAACAGAGCAGUGAGGAGGACAAACCAGAACACACAUUUUUAUGUACAGAUUUUUCAGUUCACGCUCUCGUCAGAAAGACGGAGACAGAGAAAGGGACUGGAUGAUGGAUAGAUGAAAAGAGAGUAAGAGAACUGAGGGAAAUUGUUACAUGUGCGUGAGUGUUUUCAACUGUUCAGUAUUUGCUCAAAGAAAACAAAUGGAAAGGAAGAAAGAAAAAGAAGGAGAGCAGGCAGUAAAGUGUGAGUGCACGCACAGCUUUUAUACAUAAGUGUUUCCAGAUGAUGCCUCGUGGUCCGGUCUUCAUAAAAGAUAGAGGUGGAUGGGUGGACAGAGACAGAGAGAUUUAGCAUGCGGUCACGAAGCGCACUCUACAAAGAGAAACCGCUGAUCACUCGCACUCGUUUACGGCAUUUACUUCCUCUUCAGCAAACGCUUUAUCCUCUUCAGGGUCGGCUUUGUUUCGAACAGCUUUACAACAAAGCCGUUGUCCGUCCAAAUAUAUACAGAUAUUUUUGAAAACGUAUUUUAAAAUAAGAUUUCCCGUCCACACAAACAGCGUCCCUUCAUCCAGACGAAAACGAUCACAUGAUCACACCGGCGCAGUGAUGUCACGUCAAAAACUGUUCCGUCAGAACCUCGAGAAUAGCGUUAGAGAAGGAGACAUGCCGAAAAAUGCCAACAUGACCAAACGAAAAGAAAAAACAGAAACAAACAAAUUGAUGCGCGUGGCACUGACCACGUGGAACUGCAACGUGUUCUCCGGGUUCUUCUCCUGAAUCUGCACGGAGUCAGGAGCAGUACAGCGCAGAUCAGAUCCACGAAGUGAGAUUAGACUGCAAACACGUCAUCGCACAAGAAAUUACAGCGCACAGACCAGCAACAUGAUCACCAGCCGCGAUAAACCAAGUCCUAGCAUGUUCGUAACCCCCGCAGUGAACACGUGCAGCUUCACGCUGUGAAGUUCUCGCAUAAACAACAAACUCGUUCUUGUUCAUGUACAAAAAGAAAACAAAAAACUGUUAAAAAUGUGUUCCCCCGCUCCCUAAACGCUUCCGCUUCCGUUUCAGUGGCCCAGAAUGCAGUUUUUGUGUGAACAGGAGAUCAAAACACAGAGAAAAAAAAUUUACUAUUUUCCAAAAUAUCUGUAUACACAUGAGCAGGGCUUUAAUAUAUCAGAGAAAUAAAAAUCAUAACUGAGGGAUUUGCAUUAAAAAAAAAACAACCAAAAAAAAAAUACAGUUCCGCUCGCAUUUUUAACAGUUAAUCAAUUAACUGAAAGCACAUUUUUAUAGACGUACAUAAAUGCUGAUGAAGGAAGACUAGAGAAGAGUGAGAGUGAGGAAAAAGAGAGAAAUAGAUAGAGAUAUACUCCAUGUGCGUGGAAAAGGAGAGAGAGAGAGGGGGAUGAGAAACGAUGCCGAAUAAUCCGACCUGAACAUCUUUGCACGAGUGUUUCCUGAUGGUUCAGCAUUUCUCAAAAUAGAAAAAGAACUGAAGAAAGAGAAGGAGAGAGAGAGAGAGAGAGAGAGAUGGAUGGGAGAGAGAGAGAGAUGGAUGGGAGAGAGAGAGAGAUGGAUGGGAGAGAGAGAGAGAUGGAUGGGGGAGAGAGAGAGAGAGAUGGAUGGGAGGGAGAGAGAGAGAGAGAGAUGGAUGGGAGAGAGAGAGAUGGAUGGGAGGGAGAGAUGGAUGGGAGGGAGAGAGAGAGAUGGAUGGGAGAGAGAGAGAGAUGGAUGGGAGAGAGAGAGAUGGAUGGGAGAGAGAGAGAUGGAUGGGAGAGAGAGAUGGAUGGGAGGGAGAGAGAGAGAUGGAUGGGGGAGAGAGAGAGAGAGAUGGAUGGGAGAGAGAGAUGGAUGGGAGGGAGAGAGAGAGAGAGAGAUGGAUGGGAGAGAGAGAGAUGGAUGGGACGGAGAGAGAGAGAGAGAGAUGGAUGGGAGGGAGAGAGAGAUGGAUGGGAGAGAGAGAGAUGGAUGGGAGGGAGAGAGAGAGAUGGAUGGGAGAGGGAGAGAGAUGGAUGGGAGGGGGAGAGAGAGAUGGAUGGGAGAGGGAGAGAGAUGGAUGGGAGGGAGAGAGAGAUGGAUGGGAGGGAGAGAUGGAUGGGAGAGAGAGAGAGAUGGAUGGGAGAGAGAGAGAUGGAUGGGAGAGAGAGAUGGAUGGGAGGGAGAGAGAGAGAUGGAUGGGAGAGAGAGAGAUGGAUGGGAGGGAGAGAGAGAGAGAGAUGGAUGGGAGGGAGAGAGAGAGAGAGAUGGAUGGGAGGGAGAGAGAGAGAUGGAUGGAUGGGAGGGAGAGAGAGAGAGAGAUGGAUGGGAGAGAGAGAGAGAGAUGGAUGGGAGGGAGAGAGAUGGAUGGGAGAGAGAGAGAGAGAUGGAUGGGAGGGAGAGAGAGAGAGAGAGAGAUGGAUGGGAGGGAGAGAGAGAGAUGGAUGGGAGGGAGAGAGAUGGAUGGGAGAGGGGGAGAGAGAGAGAGAGAUGGAUGGGAGGGAGAGAGAGAGAGAGAGAUGGAUGGGAGGGAGAGAGAGAGAUGGAUGGGAGGGAGAGAGAUGGAUGGGAGAGAGAGAGAGAUGGAUGGGAGGGAGAGAGAGAGAGAGAGAUGGAUGGGAGGGAGAGAGAGAGAUGGAUGGGAGAGAGAGAUGGAUGGGAGGGAGAGAGAGAGAGAGAGAGAUGGAUGGGAGAGAGAGAUGGAUGGGAGGGAGAGAGAGAGAGAGAUGGAUGGGAGGGAGAGAGAGAGAUGGAUGGGAGGGAGAGAGAGAGAGAUGGAUGGGAGGGAGAGAGAUGGAUGGGAGAGGGAGAGAGAGAUGGAUGGGAGGGAGAGGGAGAGAUGAGUAACGUGCAGUGAAAUAGAACUGAAGUAAAUGGUCAGGAUGACAGAUUUGCAUGUUUUCUGUAUAUAAGCAGUCGAGAGAUGAGCACACGAUUGCAUCAUUACUGCUGAAAGACAGAAAAAGAGAGAGAGAGACCGGUAGAGAGACAGAUCUGAGGUGAACAAAAUUUCUUGCACAUUUUCUGUACAUAAAUGUUUACAGAUCAGAUCCAGUCUAAGUGUUUAUUAAAGGUACAGGCCAGGGUGUACAAACUUAUGAAAUUCUGACCGUAUAGCACUUUUCAGGUCAGAAGCGUUGCGUCUAAAGCAUUCACGCUGCCCUUUUUUUAACACUCCGGCGUGUGACUGAACGGAAAGUGUACAUAUAUAUGAGAAUAAAUAUAUAUACUGUAUUUUCUCUCUGUGUCAGAAGGACGAUAAACAACCGCGCGCUGACGCAGACGCUAGCGACGUCCUUACGACCUGUUUAUUCAGUGUUUCUACAAACACACGAGUAGCGUAAAGACUGUGUUAUAAUACUGUUUUUAACACACGCUCCUCGUCCACUUCCCUUUGGGCUCCAUCCCAAAAACUCCCACACUAUAUACUUACACACUUAAUUAUUUACUAGAACAGUGCUAGGAAAUGUCCGUAAUUAGCACACAAGCUAGUUAGUAUGCUAAUUGUUCAGCUAGCUAGUCAAUAAACUGAUGUAACUACACUAUGUACAAAUGUCUUUGGUCACUUUAAAAACAUUUCUAAAUAAUAUUGUACGAGUUAGCAAAGUAGUUACUUGCUACGCUAGCGACUUAGCGAGGUAUUUCUGAGGAGAAUCAAUUCAGCUACGUUUCCUGAUGUGUAAUAGACGUGUCGUGGGCUUUCAGGUCAGAUGGGGAAGUGGACAAACAGUAUUGAAACACAGGAGCAGAUCGUGUAAAAACGAAUGAAUACAUUUCAUGAGGUAAAACACUAGCAGCAGGUCGUUUAUCAACACAAAAAUCCUGCUUUGCAACGUUCUCUUUAAUAUUACGAUCAAUUUUAGCGUCAGUUUGAAGCGCUUUGUAUUUCUAGCUGCGUUCAAAUAGAGCUUGUGAAUCCGUGUUUUCGCUGUGAGAAGACGAUGUUGAGAACGAACAGUAUGUUACGGGACACGGAAUAUAUGCUAGCUAGUGACUUAGCUAGCUAAAAAGUAGACAGUGACAGUUGGAACAUCAACUUUUACCUCAGAUGUGUUGGCAAAUGUUUAGAAAAAGACUCCGGAUGGUUAAAUUGACACUGUAAUUACACUUAGCAUCAACCGCUAACAGGACUAAUGUGAGCCGCCAUUUUAUUUAUUGUUUUAAAAACCUGGGACAGCUCUUUGCUGCAGUACAUUUUGUGUUGAGAAGUUUUGGACACUAUGCCUUGCGAAUCUUUCUCGUGAACACGAUGACGCACGACUGUAUUUGAACGCAGCGUCUUGUACAGAAGCACACUUCGAAGUUUACAGUGUAGAUAUAAACAAACGCAGAACUUUCAGCUCAUUCAGGCGCUUCAGUGGGUGACCGCUUCGUUCGUUCUGUGCUACUCGUACAUUCCUUUUCUAAGGACCCGAGUCGAUCUGCACACGCUGUUUCGCAAUCGGUGGCUUUUUUCUAGCGUCGUGUGACUUUUGCAGCCGAGCGGGUUUGUGACGGGUUUUAUGCUGACGUUCUGACUUUCUGUGUUUCUUGAAUGUGAUUUUUGCUACGGCUGAGCCAUGAUGUGUGUUUAAUAAAGAGCCGGUUGUGCAACCUUCUGUG